GCGAGGUGCUCAGUGCACAGUACACAGCUUUCUUGGCAACUCAGCUUUACAUUUUUCUCACUCUCUGUGAAGAAGGAAGAACAUUAACAACUGAAGGAAGAUUUUAAAAGAAGCUUUUGAAUUCUCCUCAGAUUGUGUUGUGUUAGUGUUUGGAGCAGGCUGAGGCAGCCCCGCAGAGAGAGUGAGCAGUUUGUGUUCGAGCUCCACAGUGAGAGUGGUUUAUCAGAGGAGGAGGCAAAGCAGAGGAAGGGAGAGAGUUGCCUGUUGUCGUGGUCUCUCCCCUGAGUGGCUGAGGGGUGGCUCUUGGUGACAGGAAACGCAAGGCUUGCAAUGAGACCUGAGCGCUGAGUGGAGUAUGCUGCAGACGAUUUACGAGGGCGAGUCAAGUUUCUCCACAACAGAACGGCGCGUUGGACACCAGCAGCUCCCCAACCAGAGCAAGAUGCACAACGUGAACAACUCAGUGGACAUAAAGCCAGACGUGCCAUUGACUGUGGAGCCUGUGUCCCCGCUGGACCUGCGCACAGAUCUAAGGAUGCUAGGGCCAGGCUCAGACCCGGGACUGUGGGAGAGGCAGCUGCAGCAGGAGCUGCUCCUCAUCCAGAAGCAGCAGCAAAUCCAGAAGCAGCUACUAAUCAGCGAGUUCCAGAAGCAGCAUGAGAAGUUGACCCGUCAGCACCAGGCUCAGCUCCAGGAGCAUCUCAAGCUCCAGCAGGAGCUCCAGGCCAUGAAACAGCAGCAGGAACUUGCAGAGAAGGAGCGCCGUCUAGAGCAGCAGCAGCAGCAGAACCAGCAGGAGAAGGAGCAGGAGAGGCAUCGGCGAGAGCAGCAUGUUUCCAGCCUGAUCCUCCGGGGCAAGGAGCGCUCCCGUGAGAGCCUCACAGGUGCGGUGGCCAGUACGGAGGUGAAGCAGAAACUCCAAGAGUUUCUGUUAAGUAAAUCAGCCAAGGACCCUGCUAGCAACGGAGCCAACCAUUCUUUUCUCCACCACCCCAAACUCUGGUACACGUCCUCUCACCACACAUCACUGGACCAAAGCUCUCCACCUCUGGGCGGCACAUCCCCCACCUGCCAGUAUACUCUGCCAUCACCCAUAGAGAGCAAGGACGACUUCCCCUUGAGGAAGACAGCGUCUGAGCCGAACCUGAAGGUACGAUCCAGGCUGAAGCAAAAGGUGGCAGAGAGGAGAAGCAGCCCGAUGCUAAAGAGGAGAGAUGGAAACAUAAUGACUCCUUACAAGAAGAGGGCCCUGGAGCUAAUGGACUCGACGCCCACUAACAGUGCCCCUGGCUCUGGCCCAAGCUCUCCCAUAGGGGCCUCCAGUGCCUUGGGGGCUGAAAACGGACCCUCCUCUCUUCCUACUACCACAAAAACCGAGAGAUGGCCUUCACAGCCGAGAUUAUUCCGACCUGAGGGCUCUGUGUCCAUGCUGAGCUUAUACACCUCUCCAUCUUUACCCAACAUCUCCUUGGGGCUUUCAACAGCAUCCUCACCCAUAAGUGCUGCCAUUGGGUUAAAGGACAGAUCCACAGAAAUCAAACAUGGCCUGCCCGGGCACCUGCUAGGCCCUGUACCCCUUCAGACAUGCCUCGAGUCCAAAGUGAGCCCCAGUCACCAGGCGCUUCUCCAACACCUUCUCCAGAAGGAGCAGAUGAGGCAGCAAAAGAUUCUCUCCUCUGGUCAAGGCUCCUCCCACCCUCAGUCCCCUCUGGCCAUGAAGGAUCGCCCCUCCAGCAGUCGCCCUAAACUACCAAAACACCGGCCCCUGAACAGGACCCAGUCUGCGCCACUGCCUCAGAACACACUGGCCCAACUCGUCAUCCAGCAGCAACACCAGCACUUCCUAGAGAAACAGAAACAGUACCAGCAGCAGGUCCAUAUAAAUAAGCUGUUGUCCAAGUCCAUUGAGCAGUUACGUCAGCCCAGUGCACACCUGCAGGAGUCCGAGGAAGAGCAGGAGGAGCAGCACCAGCAGCAGCAACAACAAAGUGAGCACACAGAGAGCAUGCAGGAGGACAGGCUGCCCCCUGGAGGAGUCAUCCGGAAGCACACACUGAGCAGCAGCAGCAGCAGCGGCUCCAGCGCAGAGCUCCCAGAUGCCCACUGUGGGGUCAUUAAGGUCAAAGAGGAGCCAGCUGAUAGUGAGGACGAGGCCCUGACCAAUCAGAGCUUAGCAUCUGAGAAGAGCACCUAUCUGCACCAGGUCAAAGGCAGACUGGUGAUAAGAGCCAUGAUCUGAGAGGGGAAGAAGAUGAGAUCACACACUCGCAACAUUCACAGAUAAACAAGUCUCUACAAACUCUGCAGUUUACACAAACACCACACAACCGCACAAUAGGCCAGCUCUCCCUGUCACAUCACAACCUGUUUUCACUCUAAGACAUUCUGUUUGUGGUCUUUGUGUAGUGAUCUCUGUAAAAUAUGUAUGUUUCACUUCUAUGUAUAUAAUAUGAUGACAAUUUAAACUUUUUUAGAGCUGCUUUGGUUGUCUCCAGUCUGCUCAACUCUCAGAGCGUCAUUUGUACAUAAAUUGUCAAUCAUCAAAAAUGAUGUUUAUAGGGCCGGUUAUACAGGUGUACAGCUUUGAAGAGGAAAUUUAGUUCCCAUUGUGUACAUUUUUGCCAUAGAAUAUCUGAAUGCUUUUCUGCCCAUGUUAAAGAGUCAACACAAAGUCCUCACAGCAUGUUAAAGAAUUGAAAACACUACAAACACUUUGUUAAAUGGUGUCAGAGCUGAAACAACAAUGAACAUCCAUCUUAGAGAGAAUGUAAAUCCUAACAGAGGACGCUCCCUUCAGGCGGACUUUAUUGCACCAGGAGUGAUAUUGGCAUUGGAACAUGGUCUGCUGCUCAUAUUGCAAUUUGAGGGAUAAAGCACUAAACCCCUGCCUCGGUGUGCAGGCUUCUCCCAACACACCCUGAGUCUCCAUCUCUCUCUCUCUAUCUCAGAACAGUCCCAGAGCCAGGUCCUGUGUUAAGCCAAGCUCUCCUCCCUCUCUCCCUCUGGGUCCAAAUCAAAGCUCGGCGGGUUCCUGCCCGGCUUUCAGCAGAGGAGUCAGACGGAGAGAAAGAGAGAGAGAGGGCCGGGCAGGAAAUGCCUUCUAAAAGCCAGGACUCGGAGUGAUUCAUGUGUGCAGGAAUGUUGAGAGAGGAGGACCUGGGGUUGGAGGAGUCCAAGGGGCCAGGCUUGAGAAUUGAUUUACUGUCAAGGUGAAUUACAAAGUGAGUGGGGAUAUGGUUAAGGGAGUCCCUUUUAAAGGGAAUCGCUUCCUUCGUUUUCCCUCGUGGCAUGCUUACCUCAACAGGCAGGUUUGAUGUUACUUCAAUAAAAAAAAAAAACCCGGAUGGGACCUCGCUUCUUCUUUUUUUGAACCUGUUUUCCCCUAAAAGUGCCCAUUGCGACAUGUAUAGUCUGUCUUAAAAUGAUCAAUCAAAUGUAUUGCAUAGCCGUAAACCUUCCUGUUUCAUUUGUACCGUCAACUAAAUGUAAAAAAAAUUCUAGUAUCAGGUUCUGUGUUUGGAUUCAUGUGAAAAUCAAAACUGUCUGUCUUAUACUGUACAUUCAGAUUGUCCGGUUUUAAUGUUUCUAGUGUAAGUAAACACAAUCAGAGCAAUGUGAGUCUUGUUGUCUUGCUCCUUUGAUUCAGUUGUAACAGAACCUCUUUGCUGCCAGUGGGGGACAGAGGAGAUUUGGGGUCCUGUGGUCUGUUCAUAGCAGUUUGCAUUUCAUCUUUUUUUUUUUUUGCCUUGUGUGAAAAAAACAAAACAUUUUUUUAAAAAUAAAGUUCA